AUGAAUUAAUAGUCAGAUAAGGCAAAGCAAUACGCUUAAGAGAAUGUGGUUUUCUUAUUAUAGAGACUUAUGGAAGACAUUUUAGCUCAAUAGCCAAAGAAUGUGAUUGAUUGGUCAAUUGCAUGGUUAGAUAAAAAAGGUAGGGAAAUAGUCAAAUCAAAACAGAAACCGAGUGGCAAGUCUUCCUCUUCAGAUGAAGAAAUAAUUGAAUUACCCAAAAGACCUGCUGCAGCUCGUAAAUAAAGAGCUUCAAUUUCUGCUGAAGCAUAUGGAUAGUACAACAGAAAAGAGUCCUUUCAACCUCGGGUGAUUGUCAAAUCCCAAUAAUAGAAAGAGAUCAUAAGCAAAAGAUUGUCACAAUCAUUCAUGUUUGCAUCUUUAGAUAGCAGAGAAAAAGAUAUUGUAAUAGAUGCAAUGGAAGAACGAAGUUAUAAUGUAGAUGAUUGGGUGAUCAAACAAGGAGAUAAUGGAGAUAAUUUAUACGUAGUUGAUCAAGGAGAAUUAAAUUGCUAUAAGAGAUUCACUAAGGAUGGUGAGAACAAAUUCUUGAAAGUGUAUUAUCCUGGAGAGUCAUUCGGAGAGUUGGCUUUGCUUUACAAUGCUCCCAGGGCAGCAUCUAUUCAAAGUAAAACUAAUAGUGUUUUAUUUGCUUUGGAUAGACAGACCUUCAAUCACAUUGUAAAGGAUGCAGCCAUGAGAAAAAGAGAAAAAUAUGUGAAUGUUUUGAAAUAAAUUGAGCUACUCUCCAUGAUGGAUCCAUAUGAAAGGUCACAUGUUGCUGAUGCUAUCAAGAGUGCAUCUUUUUAAAAGGGAGAAUAUGUUAUUAAGGAGGGUGAAUAAGGAGAUAUCUUUUAUAUGAUUGAAGAGGGCAAUUUGAUUGCAACCAAGACUUUAGUUCAAGGAUAAGAUUCAGUCAAAGUAUUUUAAUAUAAGGAAGGCGAUUAUUUCGGAGAAUUAGCUUUACUUAAAGACAUACCAAGAUAAGCUAAUGUAAUUGCUGAAACCGAAGUGAAAUUAAUAUAUUUAGAUCGACAUAGUUUUAAAAGAAUGUUAGGGCCGUUGGAAGAUAUUUUGAGAAGGAACACAGACAAGUACCAGAAAUAUGAGUAAUAUUGGAUCACUUAAGGCAAAUGA